CUUUACAGAUGAUGAGUAUCAUCCGAAUAUUGUACACUGUGGUACUGUCCGGGACGCGCGGGCGGACUCCUGCUGCAGGUCGUAGGAGCUCCAGAGCUACCCCUCAAGCUCGACGCGUCUGCAUGUGCAUCAUUGGUCAACACGCUAACAAUUUGCUGAUCUCCAGCACCAUCACAAACAGCUUGUGAUACAAAAACGCUCACACGAUUGCUAUCCUUCAGACCUCGCCACGAUCAACAGAGACGCGCUCGACACACUUUCCCACCCAUACUUCAUCGGCCAUGGCUCUCGACAUGGAUACCGACUAUCCCCUCAAAUCCCACGACCCCGAGCGCCCUGAUGCCUCAAUCAACGUCUCAGCCUCCCUCGCCUACUGGGAAAGCGUGGCCUCAGACAACAAUGGCAUGCUGGGCGGCUUCCCCCAAACCUCACGCAUCGACCUACAAGGCUCCUCGAACUUCCUCACAAAGCUGCGCCGCGCACGAGCAGGGCAAGCUGCCACCACGAAACAAGCUUUGCCGCCUCUCGACCGCGUAGCAGACUGCGGCGCAGGUAUUGGGCGGAUAACGAAGGGGCUGUUGCUGGGUGUGGGACGGAGCGUGGAUGUUGUGGAGCCGGUGAAGAAGUUUACGGAUGAGCUUGUUAAGGAGUUGGAGAAUACACAGGCAGAUGCUGCAGGAGAGACCACAGGGUGCGGUCAAGUGGGCGAGGUCAUAAAUCUGGGGCUGCAAGAUUGGAUACCCGAGCCAGGUGCCUAUAAUCUGAUCUGGAACCAGUGGUGCUUGGGGCACUUGACAGACGCACAAAUCAUCACGUACCUCGAGCGGUGUAAAGCAGGGCUGGUCAAGCCUGGCGAGGGCGGAGAGAAAGCUGAGGCGUGGAUAGUGGUCAAGGAGAAUCUGUCGACGGAUAUCAAGCAUAGAGACAUUUACGAUGAGGAGGAUUCGAGUGUUACGCGGAGUGAUGAGAAGUUUAGGAAGCUGUUCAAGGAUGCGAGGCUGAAGAUUGUGGCUACAGAGCUGCAACGGGGGAUGCCGAAGGAACUGUAUCCUGUACGGAUAUACGCGCUGAAGCCGGAAUGAGCGCAGUGGGGACAUGGUUCGAAUAGGAGAGGUACAAAGGUUGUAUACCCAAUCUAGGCAGCGUAAGACGAAAUGCUGCUCACAUUAAUCGACCUCGAUGA